AAUAAACAUUUAAAUAUGCCGGAAGCUAAUUUUGGUUUGUUGUAUUCGUACACGCCGGAACCGCCAAAAAAACCACCGGUUAUUAAAGUAUCGUGCGGUAUCGGUGAUACCGAUGGUUUUCCCGCCUUCGAUACUGAUUCUGAUGCAUACGCAAGUAAAGAUGAUUCAAAGUGGGGUUUCCUUAUAACUGGCGGAGCAGAGUUUCAUAUGCCGUUAACAGUUUUUCAGGUUACCCCAGACGGUUUAGCUGACAAGAGCGGCAUACGUUUGGGUGACAUUAUUCUUGAAAUAAACGAAGAAGACGCCACACAAUUAACGCUUGCCCAGGCACACGAAAAAAUUGACGCCGCAGGCAAAAAAAUACAUUUUCUAGUGAAAAGCAUGGAUGAUGACGAUAACUUGAAUGGCAAUGAACCUGGCGAAGAAAAAUCUAUUGUUUUGCGUGUACCGAAACCGCCACCGCCACCAAAAGAAUUCACCCCAACUCCCUUGCUUGGUUCUAGUUGUUGGCAUCCAGUUAUGUGGAAAGAUCCACCUAAACCACCACAACCCAAAAAAAAGAAAACUAAAACCAUAACCGAUGAGGAAGGCAAUGAAGUUGUAAUCGAAUUGAGUGAAGAUGAAUCUUCUGAUGAGGAAGAGGAGAAAGAGUUGCCACACUAUCGUAUUAUACGCAACAUAAGACGUUUCUUUACGGAAGUGGGUGAAAAUCAAGAACUUAAGAAUCGCGUUAUUGAAGACAUGCUACUGGCUCUUCCAAGUGCUUCUAAGAUGCAAAAAAAUUAAAAGCAGCAAAGUUUUGCGUUAUAAAAUAAACUCUAAUUAUUAACAAAUUAAAU